GAUAGAAGUUCUGGCAACAGAAAUGCCAGCACUGUGACAUCGGUAAGCAUGACUAGAUAGAUAUUUCUAUUCUUGCUUUAGGUAUAUUUCUGCAGGUGUUGUAUUUUCUGCCAUAGUGACGUUAAUUCAACAGGGCUGUCACAAGAUUUCAAGUUCCAGGGUAAAUCCAACAAGUAGGCUGGGAAUCAAACAGCUAGGGAUUGGUUUUGGCUCCACUUUUCUUCUAUUUUCCCCUGAAAGUAGUCAGGGACCACAUUCAUAGUAGCCCAAGACUCUUGCCUUUCAAUGAUGGCUCUACUGAAUCACAUAUAUUAACUUUCAGUUAAGCCCAUGUCACAUCAAAAGAGUGUUCAGUAAAAGUGUCUUUAGAUUGACUCAAGAAACUAGUCAUCUGUAAAUUAAGAAUCUAGGCUAUAAGAUAGACUCUCAUGUUAUUUAGAAUGUGCUGACACCAGAAGAUUGAUUGCAAGUUAAGGUUCAAUCACUUGUACAUUUAUGGCAUUCUUUUUAGUGUAAUAUACACAUGUAUGAAUUGAAAUUUUUUUCAUCACAGUGGCUUUCAUGCAUUAGCCUUUGCUGAAUAUUGAAAUGUAGUGUCCCUGAUGUUGUUCUUCUUAUAAACCUCUACAGGCUUCUACUGCUAAUGAUUCCCAGAAUGGUAGUUCCAGCAACAGGAAUGACAACGCUGUAACAUCUGUAAGCUUGAAUGCAUAUUUUUAUAAAUGCUCUGGCUAUAUUCCUGGCAGAAGGGUCUUCAAUUAGUAGAAUAACUGUCUUUCAGUUAGAAAACAUUCUUCAGGACUUUUCUCUUUAGGAAAGAAAAAUCUAUACAUUUGCAUAUACCAUAGCUUGACUGACAAACUUUUUUAUUUAUUUUAUUUAAAGGUGUGGUUAAUUAUUUUAAUUUAAUUAUUUUGGUAAAAUGUUACUGUAGAGAAGUCACAUUUUACUGUUACUAUCAUAAUAAUUAGAAUCUUGCUUAUUUUUUUUAAAUUUUGCAGGUUGCUCAGGCAGCGAAUGCUAUUGCCCAUCAAGUUAGGGCAGCAUUUGCUUCUACAUCUGGGUUAUCUUUCAACCUACAGGACAAUCUAGUGCCUGCAAGUCGUGGU